CCCGCCCCGCGGCCUGCCCGCCCGCCGCGGCUGCCCAUGGAGGCCGAGGCCGAGGCGCGGCUCCUCUUGCAGGAGGCGCGGGAGAGCAUCGAGGCGGCGCGGAGCUACCGGCGGGAGCUGCAGCAGCGGCUGCGGGGGCUGCAGCAGGCGCGCAAGCAGAUUAGAGAGAGUGCAGCAUUGACCAGAGAUGUACUUGAGCAACAUUUUAAUGAUUUGAAAGGGACCCUAAAGAAGCUGUUGGAUGAGCGACUGAUAUCACUGCUGCAGGAAGUAGAUACUAUAGAACAAGAGAGCAUCAAACCAUUGGAUGAAUGCCAGAAACUAAUAGAGCAUGGAGUCAGUACAGCUGAUGACUUGCUCCGUGAAGGAGAGAGUGCAAUCCAUGGAGAUGUGGGAGAAGAGAAUGAGAAACUAUGCAGCUUUACAAAGAAAGCAUUACAUAUUCAGCUAGAUAGCUUACCAGAAGUUCCCUCCUUGGUCGAUGUGCCUUGUUUGUCUGCCCAGUUGGAUGACUGCCUCCUUACUAUAUUGAAAAAUCAGAUAUUCAGACAUGGGACCAUAGCAUCUCGCCCACCUGUACAGUUAGAGGAAUUCAUUGAGAAACCUGGAGGUAUAUUAGUCCGAUGGUGUAAGGUGGAUGAUGACUUUAUACCACAAGAUUACAGACUGCAAUAUCGUAAGAGCACUGCCAGUCAAUUUGAAGAUGUAUAUGUUGGCUCAGAGACAGAGUUCAUUGUACUGCAUAUUGAUCCUAACGUCGAUUACCAGUUCAGAGUCUGUGCCCGAGGAGAUGGACGGCAGGAGUGGAGUCCAUGGAGUGUUCCUCAAAUUGGCCAUACCACACUAGUUCCCCAUGAAUGGACAACUGGUUUGGAGGGCUACAGUUUGAGCAGUCGAAGAAACAUAGCGCUUCGAAAUGAUUCUCAGUCAUGUGGCGUGCUCUACUCCAAAGCUCCUACUUACUUCUGUGGGCAGACAUUAACAUUCAGAAUUGAAACCGUGGGUCAGCCAGACAGACGAGACAGCCUAGGGGUAUGCGUGGAGCAGCAGAACGGCUACGAUUCCUUGCAGCGGGAUAAAGCUGUGUGCAUUAGCACGAACGGGGCAGUAUUUGUAAAUGGGAAAGAGAUGACAAACCAACUGCCUGCAGUCACUUCUGGAUCGACUGUGACGUUUGACAUGGAGGCUGUGCAGUUAGGGCCUUCCAGCAACGAGGGAGGCAACUUCAAGCUUAGAGUAACCAUUAGCUCUAACAACAGGGAAGUGGUCUUUGACUGGGUACUUGAUCAAUGCUGUGGUUCUUUGUAUUUUGGAUGUUCGUUCUCAUACCCAGGCUGGAAGGUUUUGGUGUUCUAGCAGCCCAAGCAAGUGAAGAGGUUCUUGUUCUUGGUAUAAAAUGUAAUAUUAAAAUUUGGGUUUCCAGCUGUUUGAUAUCAACAAUCUGUAAACAAAAACCUGUCUUUAUAUUACUUGAACUCCACUAUAUUGUACUUUCUACUGGAUUCAUUUAAAAAAAAUUGUGAAACAUUUGAUCUGUUACUCUGGAAAAAGUUAAACAGGCGUUUGCUUAGGCAAAUUAAUUUAAACAGUCCACAAAGACUUUUUUUUUUUUUCUUCCCCUCUCCAGACUUGAUUUUUUUUCGUCAGUAUUUCAUUGUACUCUAGUCUCAGGGUACGCUUGUGUGGAAUUAACUUUGCUUGAUGCUGCUGUUCUGUGAAAUAAGCCUGUAACUUUUGGGGGGUUGGAGUUAAUGGACCAAAGUUUUACUUCUACCACUUAAAAAAAAAAAAAAACUCCCCCACAAAGUAUUUACUGUGGUGAUGUUCUGUCAUGCUUCCUUGUACACAAUACUGCCUUAAUCUAAACAGGUAGCGGGUACUGCAUGCAACAGCAAUUUCUUCCAUGCACGGUACUGUUCAUUCUCCCAGAACAAGGAUGUCUGAGCCAAAGUGUCUCUUUAAAUAUGUAGCCUGCCUGUUAAAGUCUCACUGUUAUGCAAGUGCCUUAUUUCCAGAUAUUUCUUGAACUGUUUUCUAUGUUGUCACUUGAAAAAUAAUUUCUAGAGUAGUUGCAUGGUGAUGCUUGCCUUUUCACUUUAAUGCUGACACUUGUCUGACAAACUAGACCAGCGCUUAGGGGAGGAUGGUCUCCCCCAGCUCUGCUCUGCUUGGUUGGCUACAUGGGAGCAGGCCUUGCUGCUUUACCCUUCAGGCAUGACAUGCAGGUGGCAGCCGUGAUUCCUCACGGAGCCCUUGGAAGACUUGGAGAUGACCUUGCUUUCUGCUGUCCAUCAACAGAGACAAAUGGAACGGGGGAUUCCUGGAAAUCCCAAACAGCGUGUGCAGAAUAGAUGCCAGCGAACCCCUCGCGUUCAAGUGCACUAGUGCAGGUUGAUGUGCCAAGCGCUGGGGAGAGCCUGGGCUGAGCAGUAGCACGCGGCCAGAGCCGGCUGGGGCUGGGGAUCCGGGUCAGGAGUCGGUGGAGAUGGGGGGGUGGUUGUGGGCUUAAGACAGACCCUGCUGGCACAGACUUAGCCCACUCAAAAUGGAGCAGACAGAUAGUGCUAAUUCAUCCCAUGCUAUUAGAUGGGGGACACAGGUAAGAAUUUCCUGUGAAUUACUCAACUUUUAUUUUAAAAAGCUAUAUAACGUUACCAGUAUUGCCUUAAUAGCAAAUGAGAUUUAGAAUACUGCACUUCUCAAAUAGAGUCCUAUUCCUGGUCAAAAGAUUCAUUUGCAAUACUACUGGAUUUAAAGACUAUUUUAAAGAAAUGCUGAGGGCUUUAAAGAGGCCUUCUUACCUCAAGAUCAGUAAAUCUAUAUAUAUAUAUAUAUAUAUAUAUGCAUGUUAGAGUAGCAGUAUUUUUUAUAAAGACUUAGACAAUCAUUCUACACUCUUUGUUCAGUGUUAACAUGCUGCAUUAGCCCUCUAUGCUAGCAUAAAAAGCCUUAAUUAGAUUAAUAUCCCUUAUGAUCAAACUAUCAAUACAAAAAGUUUCGCCAUAGUCCCUGAAUUUUUUCACCUAGACAGCUGUAGUGGGGGUAUGAGAAUUUCAAAAGAGAACAGAGGCUAGCAUUCAUGCCAUUUAAAGGAAAAAAAAAUAGAUCCAAAUGUAUGCAAAAAAACAUGUAUAUGGCAGUUAAAUUCUAAUUUACUGUAAAGUACAAAGAGAAGAUGACUGGACAGCUGCAGGUGACAUUAGCCAGUGAUAGCGAAGAAAAGCCUGCUGUAUUCUCAGCUCCUCAUGCUUAACUACUUCACUGUUAGCGAGUCAGAGGAUCCCGGCUUACGCUGUACUCCUGGGGCUCCUUCGCAGCUAGCCUGCGAGGAGCAUUUCGGCAACGCACUGUAUCCCACAUCCAGGUCCUUCGCUAUAGCUAGGAAAGCGCAGGGGAUGGUCAAAUAGGAUCCGUCCUGUUCAGAGAUGGUCAGGUCAGCGUUGUAGCUAGCAGCUAUCACCACUGUUAAGUAGAGGAAGAUUUAUUUUAUUAUUGCUAGAUGUACUAGUGCAGGUACUAGUAUCCUAGUAUUUUCACUCUAUGGAAGCUAAAUUAGCAAUCUACACUUUCAAGGUACCAAAGGGUCAGGUACCUUUUCAUCUGCUUUUCGAGGGGCUAGUCAGACUGCUUGAUAGACUACUGCCCUGGGAGAUACGGACCAGCGCUUUAGAACACGAAGUGUAAAUCUUCACUUCAGGUACUUCUGGAGAUGGUCACACCGUGCCGCUUUGUGCAGAACAUACACACGAAGCAGCUUAAGAUGACUGUGAAGGGCUAGUGCAGGAGCCCCUCAGCUCCUCCUGAGGGCUGAGGAUGGCAAUAGGCUAAAUAUGCUUUAGCUGUAUCUAGAACAGGGCCAGCUUGCCAGUUCUUUUUUUUUUAAACAGUGUAAGACUUGCUGCCUGAAAUACAGAGUAGGUACUGUUCAGCUGCCUCUUAGAGCUGCACCUUUUAAAUUCGGGAGGGGUAAAGAAGCUCAGGGUGAAAGACCUGAGUAAUAGGUAUCUAAAAAACUCUGAAGAGGCUUGGAUUAAAAUGGCUAAAAUUGUUUCUCUAGAACAGAGUUUAGAUAGAUAAAAGACUUGACGCUUUCUUCGCCGUCUUUCCCCUCUAGCUAUUGGAGCCUUGCAAGCAACAGUGUUAACUGCUUAUGAAAUCCUGAAAGGUGUUUUCUGAAGCUAGAGCACUCACUUACCUCAACUAAGACAUUUGUGUCAAGUGAUAUUUGAAUAUUUUUUAAUAAAGUUUUAUCCCUCAA